AUGUCUGUUAUUACGGAUCCUGAUUAUAUGCCAUCUUUCUCGGAACCGACGCCAAGCUCGAUCACAGAUGAAGCACGGGCAUUUGUCGCAAACUUUUAUCGCAUCUCGGACAUGCAGGUCGAAGACGAGCAGUGGGUUGAAUUCUUUACCGGGGAUGCACAGGUUAUCAUGGGAGAGGAUAGCGGGCGCGGUCAUUGUGAAAUCAAAGAGCUGCGACGGCGCAUGUGGAUAAAUGUUCUAGCUCGUAAACACCAAGUGUUGAAAGUAUUCACUGGCGCCUUCAGCGAGAAUUCGGGUACAGAGGGAGAAUUUGAGUAUGACAUGAUGCUUCUUGGAAGAGUGCAACGAACGUCUCAAGAUAGCAAAACAACAAUUCAAAUUCCCUGGGCAUCACAUAUGGUCCUGAAGAAAGGGCCAGGAAGGGAAGCAAGCCAAUGGAAACUUGCUCGUUAUCGGGCUUGGCUUUGA